AUCAGAUAAUCCACGGUUUCAUGUUGCGUAUGUAAUGUUGUUGGAAAGAUUUUCACUCGGUGUAUGAGCAGCAUAAACACUCUGCCUCUCUCUCUCUCUCGCUCUGCAACGCUCCCUCCGCAGUAUUAAGAAAAAAAAACAGCAUCCGCAAAUCUUCGUACAAAAGUUGUAGCGAGAAACAAUCCUCAAAUUGUGCACAUAUUUGUCGUAUCGUCUUCUGUUUUGUGUCCUGCCCUUGUCCUCCGAGUGGUGUUUAUUAAGCGUUAAGGGAUUGUUUCUGUUUGUCGCGUAAACAGCUCCAGUCGCACUUUCCAUGAUUUUCGGAAAUUAUAGAGACAUUUAGCAGUGUCCGAGUACGAAGGAAAAUCAUCAGCAUUCCACCGGGCCCCUCUUUUGAGGAGCAAGUGGAUCAUCUGACUGCAAACUAGCCCUUUUCUCCGCCUGCUGCUUUUUGGCCGAAUCGCGAUGCGGAGUCGUACGGAACAGGUAACGAACACGGUCGAUGGGUCCGACUAUGACGACGAUACGGAUUUCGAAGACUCCGAAGAGGACUGGCGUCCAGAGAAAGGUGACUCUAAGGCCGGUCUGAAACGCAAGAGCCUCGAUACUAAGGGCGGUGCAGGACGCCGUGGUAGCCGGAACAGUGGUGUUGCGGCCAAACGAGGCCGUAAAGCAGCCAGCGGUCCCACUCGACGGCGAACCGGGCGUCCGCGAAGAUCAGCCGGUGGCCGAACGUCCGUUCCGAGCGACGAGGAAGAAGAUGACGAACAGCAAGAGGACAGCGAACGGAAUGAAGAAGAGCAUGAGGACGACGACGACGAUGACGGUGAAGAGGAGGAGGACAGUGACGACGCUAGUGAAUUGGAGGAUUUACCGGUAUCCUCGAGGCGUGGCCGUAAGUCGUUAACGGCCACGGGAAAGAACCGGGCGUCCGCUGGCAGUACCAGGGGCAAUAGACAGGGUUCGCGUAGCGGUACGACGAGCCAACCAGCCGCCAAACCCAUCCUGCGCAAAGUCGUCAACAUGACGCAAAGCUUCCCGGACAAGAGCGGCAUCCUUAAGCUGUACGCCUUCAAGGACGAUCUGCGUGAAGGAAUUCGGGACAACUUGAAGGUAUGCCUGUGGCGCCGUGAUGGCUCAAGCUUGCUGCAGAAAUACUUCCGCGAUAAAACCGUCGAUCCGAGUACGCCCCAGUUCACCUCGUCGAUGGUGUACUCCUGCUGGGAAGAUAAGCGAGCUUACGAGUACAUGGAGGUGAAGGUACGCUGCAUCGAGCAAUCGAAGCAGUUACGCGUCCAGAUCGUUGAUGUGGAGGCGGUGGAGCGUCGGGCAAAGGAGGAAUACCGAGAGUACGUGACCAAGUAUGAGAGACUCGACGGUGCGACGGCGAGUGGGAACGGUAGCUCACCCUCGAAGGAUGGAGACGCUGGGGCAGAUAAUGAAGUGGACACCGCCGGAAGCCAAGGUGAGGAUGAAGAUGGCGCCGAUGACAAUGACGAAAAUAACAUAGAAAUGGGGGAGGAAGAGGAUGCCAGUGAGGAGGAGGAAGAGGAUCCUCCCCAGGAAGAAUGAUAAAUAGCUUAGUGUUGUUUCCUCACACACAAAACGCACUUACACUUGACUGUGGUGUAGUGGCGUCGGAAUGGAACAUAACAAAGAACCGGCAUCUAUCUAGGAGAUACUUUCGAGGAUAAACAUGUAUUUUAGAGUAAAACCAUUACCCCGUUCGCCCUCUAUUGUCAAUAUUAAUCACGAAAUUUUAAAGAUCUUUGACUCGUAAUGUACGUAACAACCGGACGUCUCUUGAUGUAAUGUGGUAUGAAGAGCUAAAUAUGUUUUAUGUUGUGCACAGAGGGAGGUGGGGGAUUAUGCAUUAAAUGAUAGAUACAAUUACUCACCUCUUACGCAGUUAGCAUGUUCGACCGGAAAAGCGAUUGUCUUAAGGGAUCCUCGACUAAGGAGCGAUAGAAUGAGAAUGAUUCAUUGUUUUAAAUGGAGCAUAGAGCGUCCAGGGAAUUCGGCGCAGGUUGUUUUUUAUUUGUGGUUUAUGAAUUUGGCAAAAAUAUGAAACGAAAAAGGCACGUCCCAACGACUGAUGCACAUGUCUGAUCGGAGCAGCAGGGCACAGCGUGACCGAAUCAACAUCCUCCAACGUG